CUGUUCCUUUUACCUUUGAUUUCUCAUCGCCGAGUGGAUCUGAAUCCAGCUAUGUGUAGCUCCGGCGACGUUAACUGGAAACUUGAGGACCACCCCAAGCUCCCCAAGGGCAAAACCAUCGGCUUAAUUGUCCUCGAUGGAUGGGGUGAAUCUGAACCUGAUCAAUACAAUUGCAUCCACAAAGCUCCAACUCCUGCCAUGGAUUCCCUUAAAAACGGAAAACCCGAUACGUGGAGGCUAAUCAAAGCCCAUGGCACAGCCGUUGGUCUCCCCAGCGAAGACGACAUGGGAAACAGCGAAGUUGGUCACAAUGCUCUCGGAGCCGGUCGAAUCUACGCUCAGGGUGCGAAGCUUGUCGAUCUCGCCCUUGCUUCAGGGAAAAUCUACGAAGAUGAAGGUUUCAAAUACAUUUCCGAAUCUUUCGAGAAAGGCACCGUUCACCUUAUCGGACUUUUAAGCGACGGUGGAGUCCACUCACGCCUCGAUCAAGUGCAGUUGCUGUUAAAAGGUUUCGCAGAACGUGGCGCUAAAAGAAUCCGCGUCCAUAUUCUUACCGAUGGUCGUGAUGUUUUGGAUGGCUCUAGUGUCGGAUUUGUGGAGACUCUUGAAGCUGACCUCGCUGCGCUACGUUCCAAAGGUGUUGAUGCUCAGGUUGCCUCUGGUGGAGGUCGUAUGAAUGUCACAAUGGACCGUUAUGAGAAUGAUUGGAAUGUUGUUAAACGAGGUGAGACUGUUAAGUUUGGCCAUGUUACCUUCUUCUGGAAUGGAAACCGCUCUGGGUAUUUCAACGAGAAGCUAGAAAAGUAUGUUGAGAUUCCGAGUGAUAGUGGAAUAUCAUUCAACGCCCAGCCAAAGAUGAAAGCGCUGGAAAUUGCUGAGAAGGCAAGGGAUGCUAUCCUUAGUGGCAAGUUUGACCAGGUGCGUGUUAACUUGCCAAAUGGAGACAUGGUGGGUCAUACCGGUGAUAUUGAAGCAACUGUUGUUGCCUGUGAAGCUGCUGAUAUUGCUGUGAGGACAAUUCUCGAUGCCAUAGAACAGGUGAGAGGGAUAUAUGUUGUGACUGCAGAUCACGGAAAUGCCGAGGACAUGGUUAAAAGGGACAAAGCUGGUAAGCCCGCUCUCGAUAAGGAAGGCAACCUUCAGAUCCUCACCUCUCACACCCUGAAACCGGUGCCAAUUGCCAUAGGAGGUCCUGGUUUGUCAGCAGGAGUUAGGUUCAGAAAGGAUUUGGAGACACCUGGGCUUGCGAAUGUAGCUGCCACGGUGAUGAACCUCCAUGGAUUUGUGGCCCCGGGCGACUAUGAGCCGAGUCUGAUUGAAGUGGUCGACAAGUAA